GGCUGUAUGGGGUGGGGAAGAAUUGACUUGUGGGAUGCGAAGUAGCCGGCGGCAAGAGAGACCGAGACGGAGACGGAGGGGGAGAGUGGGUGACACGCAGAGAAACAACAGAAAGAGGAGCGGGAAGGAAAGCGAGCAAAAUAACAGGUGUUACGGUCAAUUUAACGCCUGACACCCAGCGAAGACACUGCGGAAGAAAAAAAGUUCAGAUCCCACAGAUCAGCGCGUGGGAGUGGGAAGCAGGAUCGUGACUGACUGAGGCAAGCGCCACUGUCUGUCUCGUCAUGGCAGGUCCUGGAGGUGACAUGCAGUGGUGCUUCUCUCAGGUAAAAGGAGCCAUUGAUGACGAUGUAGCUGAAGCUGACAUCAUAUCCACAGUUGAGUUUAACCACACUGGGGAGCUGCUGGCUACAGGAGACAAGGGUGGGCGUGUAGUCAUUUUCCAACAGGAAAUAGAGAAUAAGAAUCAGCCUCAGUUUCGGAGUGAAUACAAUGUCUAUAGCACUUUCCAGAGCCAUGAGCCCGAGUUUGACUACUUGAAGAGUUUGGAGAUCGAGGAGAAGAUCAACAAGAUUCGCUGGCUUCCUCAGAAAAAUGCUGCUCAGUUCCUGUUGUCAACCAAUGAUAAGACAAUUAAAUUGUGGAAAAUUAGUGAACGUGACAAGAGACCAGAGGGCUAUAAUCUCAAAGAGGAUGAUGGCCGCUACAAAGACCCCAACACUAUCACGUCACUGCGGGUACCUGUUUUAAUACCCAUGGACCUCAUGGUUGAAGCCAGUCCACGGAGGGUGUUUGCUAAUGCUCACACCUAUCAUAUCAACUCUAUCUCGGUCAACAGUGACAAUGAGACGUACUUGUCUGCAGAUGACCUCCGCAUCAACCUCUGGCACCUCGAAAUCACCGACCGCAGCUUCAAUAUUGUCGACAUUAAACCAGCCAACAUGGAGGAACUAACGGAGGUGAUCACAGCAGCAGAGUUUCAUCCUCAUCAGUGUAACACCUUUGUGUACAGUAGCAGCAAAGGAACCAUUCGCCUGUGUGAUAUGAGGGCUUCAGCGCUGUGCGACAAACACUCCAAAUUGUUUGAGGAGCCAGAAGAUCCCAGUAAUCGGUCCUUCUUCUCUGAGAUCAUAUCUUCUAUCUCGGAUGUAAAGUUUAGCCACAACGGACGAUACAUGAUGACCAGAGAUUACUUGUCUAUGAAGAUCUGGGAUUUGAACAUGGAAAACAGGCCAGUGGAGACCUAUCAGGUUCAUGAGUACCUGAGGAGCAAGCUGUGCUCGCUUUAUGAGAAUGACUGCAUCUUUGAUAAGUUCGAAUGCUGCUGGAAUGGCAAUGACAGUGUGGUGAUGACUGGCUCAUACAACAACUUCUUCCGGAUGUUUGACCGUGGCCAUAGGCGGGACGUCACGCUGGAGGCCUCCCGAGAAAACAGCAAGCCCAUGCAGGUCCUAAAGCCUCGCAAAGUGUGUGCUGGCGGCAAGCGCAAGAAGGAUGAAAUCAGCGUGGACAGUUUAGACUUCAACAAGAAGAUUCUUCACACUGCCUGGCACCCCCAGGACAACAUCAUCGCCGUGGCGACGACCAACAACCUCUACAUAUUCCAGGAUAAAGUGAAUUAACUUCAGGGCGAGUCUAUGUGAAAUCUGACACGGGAUGUCGAGUGUACCACCUGCAGCCUCCUGGAGAACGUGGUGACGCCUACAACCAGCAUCCCGUCUGUCGCUACUGGUGACCAGACUUUGCCACUUUGUUGGAGAUGUGGACAGAGGAAGCCGCACUCUUGCCCAUCAUCAGCCAGUCUGUGGCAGAGUGACACCUGCCUUGUUGUUUAAGUGAUGUUGUGCCAAUUAUUUUUCUUUGGGUAUGUUUAUUUGCCAGGUCACCUACCUUUCUCCCCCCCAGGGUAACAUGGGUAAACCAGUUUAAUUUACCUGAAGUACUGAAUACAAACACUUAUUUUUAUAACCCAUACGUCCCUUUAUCGUCCUGUGCCAUUGUAGUGUUUAUUUUUCUAAGAAAAUGCCGGUCCCUCUGUUUUGUGUCUACAUCUUUUAAUGAAAUCAUCUGUUAUACUGUCAUUAUCUUCUUUCCAGCACUUCUCCUGUUUCAUGUCUCUACUUUCAUUAAACCCUUCAUACUCAAUGGUUUUAAAAGUAGGCUCAGUUUUUUUCACCCCAAUAACACAUUUUUUGCUUGUUCUGGAUGGUAACAGCUCAACUGUUUCCUCCAGGAGUUUGAGCAGUGUGUGUGCUUUCACUCAUUCGAAGCCCAGGUCCAGUGAGUAGGACUUUUCCUUACUGUUGUGGUUCCCAGGCUCUGAUAGGUCAAACACGUCCGGACUCCCGGAGAAAUGUAUUCAUUUUUUUUAAUUGGCCUUGUCUUGACUUUUUUGUGGUUUGGUUCUUUCUCCCUUUUGUGUUACACAAUAGUCAGGUUUAAAAAGACUACCUAUUCAAACAUAAUUAAUAUGAUUCUCAUAUUUAUAUUAAAGUUAAAAUGUCACCAGAUUUGUUCUGUCCCGUUUUGUGAAAUGAAGCUGGACUUUGAGUGAUCUUGAGUAUUGUCUUCCCAUGGUGUACCACACUAAACAGGGAAAAAACCUUUUAACACUGGACUCUUACUGCACCAACUAAAGUAUUUGGAUGUCUGUUGUUCUAAGACUGGAGUUUAAAAGAAAAUAUUUGAGGCAUUAAGUCACUGAAAGUGUUAAGUACUGCAAUCAUUACUGCUGCUGUGUGUGAUGGUAUGUGAAACUGCACAUGGAUUUGCAGCAGUUAAUGUCUCCAUGUCAUAUUCAAAAUGUGGACAAUUUAUUGAUGCCUCUAGUAUAACUACAGUUGUAAUCUAUAAUGGUGAAGAUAAUAAAGGAACUACUUUUGCA